CGGCGGGCGCGCGUCUCCCCGGCGGGGCGCGAGGUGCAGCAGCGGCGGCGGCGGCGGCUGGUUCCGCUGGUGGCGGAGCCGCGUGUGACGGGAGGCCGGCGUUGUGACGGGCCUCCUGCGCUUCAGAUAGAACUUUCUGGAAUGGAAAAUGGAAGACAGAGGAUCUCGGGUUGCUGACUAUUUUGUGGUGGCGGGAUUAACCGAUAUUUCCAAACCACUUGAAGAGGAAAUUCACUUCAACGAUGCUUGCCAUCAGCUUGCAAAGCCCAAAGAACCAAUCACAGAUGUGGCGGUGAUAAUUAAAUCUCUUGGGGAAGAGGUCCCUCCUGGAUACCAAUGCAUUGACGUCACUCCGUCAGGACUCUCUGCUGAUCUCAACAAUGGCAGCCUCAUGGGACCCCAAAUAUAUAUGUGCUACAGGAGGGGAAGGGACAAACCCCCACUUACAGAUCUGGGGGUUUUAUACGACGGGAAAGAGAGGUUGAAACAGGGAUGCGAAAUCAUCCAGACCACUCCGUCUGGCCGCCCCGCAAACAUCAGCAGCGGUGCCUCCUCCCAGAAAGUGUACAUCACGUACCGAAGAGCUUCGGAGAACAUGACCCAGAACACCUUGGCGGUCACAGACAUCUGCAUCAUUAUCCCAAGCAAGGGGGAAACCCCGCCACACACUUUCUGUAAAGUUGACAAGAACCUGAACAAUAGUAUGUGGGGAUUAUCAGCCUACUUGUGUUAUAAGAAAUCUGUGGCAAAAACAAACACCAUAUCGUACAAAGCAGGUCUCAUAUGCAGAUAUCCAGAAAAAGACUACGAUUCAUUUCCCCUACCAGAGUCGGUCCCUCUCUUUUGUUUGCCAAUGGGGGCAACCAUUGAAUGCUGGCCUUCCAACAGCAAAUAUCCCCUCCCAGUAUUUUCUACGUUUGUCCUCACCGGAGCCUCCGCUGAAAAGGUCUACGGCGCUGCUAUUCAGUUCUAUGAAACAUACUCUGAGGAAAACCUGACAGAAAAACAGAAGUCUCAGCUGGGCUUCAUGGCCAUACCUAGCUCCAAAACCGUUCAGACUAACAAGUGCAUCUGCCUGCUGUCGCACUGGCCGUUCUUCGAUGCGUUCAAGAAAUUUCUCACUUUUCUUUACCGCUAUUCAAUAUCUGGUCCACACGUCCUUCCUAUUGAGAAGCAUAUUUCCCAUUUUAUGCACAAGGUUCCUUUUCCAUCUCCACAAAGACCAAGGAUUUUAGUUCAGCUAUCACCCCAUGAUAAUCUGAUUCUUAGUCAGCCCAUAUCAUCACCUCUACCGCUGAGCGGAGGGAAGUUUUCUGCUCUUCUGCAGAAUCUGGGACCUGAGAAUGCUGUAAAUCUUCUAGUCUUUGCGGUGACAGAACAUAAAAUCCUCAUUCACUCUUUACGCCCUUCGGUCCUCACCAGCGUAACCGAAGCUCUGGUCUCUAUGAUAUUUCCUUUCCACUGGCCCUGCCCGUACAUUCCUCUCUGCCCUCUCGCCCUGGCGGAUGUUCUGAGCGCACCGUGUCCAUUCAUAGUGGGAAUUGAUUCCAGAUAUUUUGAUCUUUAUGACCCUCCUCCAGAUGUUAGCUGUGUUGACCUAGAUACAAACACCAUUUCACAACCAGGGGAUAAGCGAACGCUUGCAUGGAAGAGCUUGCCAAAGAAGCCUUGUAAGAAGCUGAUGAGCAGUCUGAAUCACUUGUAUCAGCAGCUGGCAGCAUUGCAGCAAAGACCCCGAGACGAUGCUUUAAUGGAGCUGGCUAUGAAUGACUACGAUUUUCAAUCAGGCUCGAAGCUGCAUCUCUUAGAUGUAGAAAUCCAAGAGGCAUUUCUCACUUUUAUGGCUUCCAUCCUGAAAGGUUACAGGUCUUACCUAAGGCCUAUUACACAAGCCCCUUCGGAAACGGCAACCGAUGCAAGCUCUCUUUUUGAACUGCAAGGAUUCUUGAAAAGCCGUGAUCGUUCACAUCAAAAGUUUUAUACUAUGAUGACUAAGACCCAGAUGUUCAUUCGCUUCAUUGAAGAAUGCUCUUUUGUUAGUGAUAAAGAUGCAAGCCUCGCUUUUUUUGAUGACUGUGUAAAUAAAAUGGAUAUAGACAAGACAGGUGACCCGCGGCUUAUAGAACUUGAUGAGUCCCACAAGAGCGAGCACACCGUCUUUGUAACACCCCCAGAGAUUCCUCAUCUGCCCAACGGAGAGGAACUCCCAUAUCAGUACAGCUACAAUGGAUUUCCGGUACUAAAGCAAAAUUUAUUUGAGCAGCCAGCAGGACUUCUGACGAUACAGAACAGCAAAUUGUCUUCGAAAGUCAGCAGUCCAAACAGUCCUUUGCCAGUGUUCAGAAGAACAAAACAGGAAAUCAAGUCUGCGCACAAGAUCGCCAAGAGAUAUUCCUCCAUCCCCCAGAUGUGGUCCAGGUGUUUGCUACGCCAUUGCUACGGCCUGUGGUUUAUCUGCCUGCCUGCUUACGUCCGCGUUUGCCAUUCCAAAGUGAGGGCCCUGAGGACAGCCUACGAUGUCCUGCGCAAGAUGCACACGAAAAAGAUCGAGCCACCUGAUGAGGUAUGCUACCGGGUGUUGAUGCAGCUCUGUGGGCAGUACGGUCAGCCUGUCUUAGCCGUGAAAGUCCUUUUCGAGAUGAAGAAAGCUGGCAUCGAUCCUAAUGCCAUUACCUAUGGUUACUACAACAAGGCUGUUUUGGAAAGUAGUUGGCCAUCGAGCAAUCGGAGUGGCUACUUCCUGUGGACCAAGAUAAGGAAUGUCAUUUUAGGAAUAACCCAGUUUAAAAGAGUUCUAAGGAAGCAGCCUCCAAAUGGCAUCCACAAAACUCUUUCCGGGGUUCAUUCUGAUCUCUUGUACAAGUUGUCUAAAGAAGCAGUUAAUCAAGGAAAAACAAACAUCCAGGACAGCAUCGACCAAAGAGAUGAGAAAAAAGAGAGUGACUCAAGUUCCCAUCACUUAGUUUCCAAUAGUGGUGCUUCCAGGCACCCAAGCAGAAAUGUGCAGAAAAACCAAGCUAGAUUUCAUGUCAGAGUGUCCGAAAUUGAGAGUGGAAAGGGAAGCGGUGACUGCCUCCCCGCAUUAAAUUAUCAAAAUUCCACCUGUGUCAAGCUCGGUUCAAGGAUCGUUCGUGUUAAUGAUACAACUGGCAAAAAAUUAGAUUCAACAGGAGACAGGGCUAUAGAAACCUCUGCAGGUUUGCUCUUCUCUUGUUUUGACAACAUCAAUAAAACAGGAGUCAGUAAAGAUGAAAAGCUGAGAAACAAGCAUUUAAAUGCAGCUGAAACGGAACACAAGCGGAUCGUUUGGCGCAACAGGAAAUUGAGCGGAGAUGCCCUCGUGGAGCUCAUGAAGAAUCAGAUCAAUCAGGAAGCCAGGCCAGAAGAAAUUGUGGAGAGACUAGGCGUGGAUGCCAAGAUCCUUUCUAAAAUGUUUGAGAAAAGAACCAGGCCAAAGACGCUCGACCUGCGACCAGCUGCUUUGGGAUCUGCUCGGAAGAGCAAUCUGGAAAAAGAAUCCAGCGAUGAAGACGUGGCCUACGAGAACGGCCUUGUGGAUAAGACCGAGUCUCCGGUUAUAUUCGAUUUGGAAGACCUGGAUAACGAACCCAUCCCGCCAGUGAAGCCUGCACAAAAGCUGACGCACAAAAAGCCAAAGAAGAUUCAGCGGGCUAUAAGCGUUCCGGUGAAGCCCGUCAAGAAGGUUAACGUUGAAACUGGGUUUGAUCCGCUCUCCUUACUGGCAGCUGAGACGGGACCAGGGAAGGAAGAAGAGGAGGAGGAGGUGGAGGAGGACAAAAGGGUCUCCACCCCCUCGGCAAGGCGCGACUUAGCCGAAGAGAUCGAGAUGUACAUGAAUAAUAUGAGCAGUCCUUUAGCAAGCCGGACGCCCAGCGUCGAUCUCCAAAAGGCCUACGGCGACAAAAACCCCAACAAACGAAGCCCGACCUUAGUCCAGCCGUGCCGAAGAUCAAGCCUCCCUCCAAACUCACCCAGGCCAAUAGUGCUCCCCAAAUCCAAGAGCUACCAGGUCAAAAACGAAAGAGGAAGAGAGCGGCUUUGGUCCUCUCCCGUGUUCUCUCCCAACAAUUUGUCAAGGGGGCAAUCUCAAGACGCGGCCGGUGCGGUGACGCUCGCCUCUCCCACCUCCUUCAACCUGGACACGCUCCUGACCCCGACUUUCGAUGUUCUGAAGAGCAGCAUGUUUUCUGCAGGGAAAGGGGUGGCGGAGAAGGCCAGCAGGUGGUACUCGAGGUUCGCCACCUAUGCAGCAGCCUCGAAGGAUCAAAACUCGGACCGAACAAGCUUAUCGUCCCUCGGGGCCCUGGAUUCGGAAUCUGCCUCGCUAACCGAUGAAGACAUGUGCAACAAUCUGGAAAGCAGCUCUUCCCCUCGGGACGAUGUGUCGUCGGCUUUCAAGGGCAUCGGCCUGAGCUCCACCAGUCUUGAAAGUGCCACUUCUCACAACGGCUCCUCAAAACGUUCCUCGCACUGCGGCUCCUUUUCAAAAUCAGAGGUGGUUUCUUCUUGCAGUCCAAGUAGCACCAGCGUCUUCCAGAAUUAUGCCCUGGAGGUCCUGAUCUCAAGCUGUUCCCGAUGCCGAACCUGCGACUGCCUGGUUCACGAUGAAGAGAUCAUGGCAGGCUGGACAGCGGAUGACUCCAACCUGAACACGACCUGCCCCUUCUGUGGAAAUCUCUUCUUGCCUUUCCUGAAUAUUGAAAUCCGAGAUCUCCGGGGACCUGGGAGGUACUUCCUGAAGUCCAGUCCUUCUUCGGAAACUAUCCAGUUUCCGUCCUCUUUGAUGAACCAGGCCGACAAAACUUGCAUUGCUGAUCCCCUUUCAGGGUUUACUACAACUUUAAUUCCAGCUCAAAAUGACGUGGUUUCAGACAGCAGCUGCAAGACGAAACAUUUGGACACCACCUUCUGUGCCAAGAGCAUCCAGAUCCCUUCUCAGAGAAGGCAUCCUUCAGCCGAAGAGGAACCGCUUGGCCACCCUCUGUCCAGAAGCAUCAGUGCAUGCAGUUCUUUAGAGAUAGAUAAAGUGGGAGUCCAUACCCACAAUCGUGUGGUGCCCACAGGGAGCUUGCCUGCAACUUUCCAGCGGAGAACGGAGUCUGUGCAGCUGGAGUGGCACCUGCCUAGCCCGGAGCCCAUCACCGUUCCUUAUCUAAGUCCUCUCGUCGUCUGGAAAGAGCUUGAGAGCUUACUGGAAAACGAAGGAGAUCACGUGAUCACCGUGGCAGAGUUUGUGGACCAUCAUCCCAUUGUCUUCUGGAACCUGGUCUGGUAUUUCCGGCGGCUGGACUUACCCAGUAGCUUGCCUGGAUUGAUCCUGUCCUCCGAACACUGCAAUAAAAACUCCAAGAUACCCAGGAACUGCAUCUUGGAGAAUAGCAAGCACGUUCUGAUUCAGAUGUUGUGGGACAAUAUGAAACUGCACAAAGAUCCAGGACAGCCUCUCUAUAUUCUGUGGAAUGCCCAGACUCAGAAAUACCCAGUGGUUCGUUUACUACAAAAGGACGACACUUUCUUUAACCAGGAGCUUUUGAGAAGCAUGGUGAAGAGUAUUAAGACGAACGAUGUCUACGGGCCAAUGAGCCAAAUCCUAGAGAGGUUGAACAAAGGACCUCAAAUCAAAAGGCAGAGGAGUCUUUAUAGAGAGAUACUAUUUCUCUCUCUCGUUGCUCUUGGAAGAGAUAAUAUCGAUAUAGAUGCUUUCGACAGAGAAUACAAAAUGGCUUACGACCGUCUCACCGCAAACCAGGUCAAGAACACCCACAACUGUGAUCGGCCCCCCAGUACCGGCGUGAUGGAGUGUCGAAAGACAUUUGGGGAGCCGUAUCUUUAGACAGAACCAGGGCGCGUCACAAGGUGCUUCGUAGGUGAACAGCCGCCGCCGCCUCUUCCGCCGCCUUCAGAAAGACCCUGCUUCCUCCCCCACCGAGGAAAAGGCCCUGGGCCUUUGUCGAAAGGAGAAUUCCUGCAGGGAACACAAUCCCGGGAUUAUGAAAGACACACACACACACACCCCCCCCCCCACCCACCCCCCGGGGCCCCCGGGGGGGGGGGGUGUCUCCCUUCAUCUUGAGGCAGGUGAUGAGCCACGUAGAAUCUGAAGCAUUUUGCGGCAGAAAAGGGCAGGUGAGGAUGGAGCAGAAACAUGCAGGGAAGGGAGCGAUGCCUCAAAUAAGCUUUCGAAAGAAACUGUUUGCCGAGAAGGUGCGAAACGUUGGCAGAAAGCAGACCAGAGUUAUAUUAUAACAGAUUUUAAAUUAUUUAUAGCAAGUUCAUAUUUUUUUAAUUUUUUUAAAUUCCAAGAGCGAACUGAGGGGGACUUCGGCGCCUAAAACAAUACUUUUUCAGAAAUAUUGCUGUCUCUGGAUUCCCCCCCCCCCCUUUUUUUUUUUCCCCUAAAGAAACACUUCUUUCGUUUUGCUUUUUUUUUUUUAAUGUAGCGCAGAACUUUCAGGACUCCAUUUCCUCUUCUGCAUAAUCUGUAUUUACCUAGCUCGAUUUAGCUGACGAGUAUUGCUGACCGAGUAAUAGGAAGCUUUGAUCCGUUCAUCAAAUCUGUCACUGUUUGAAACGUUGAAGCCGACGUCACUUCUGUUCCUCGGAGCUGAGUUUCUCCAAUAUUUUUUCUGUAAAAGACCUGAUUGAACAUUAGAAGCAACUGCAAAUCUUCGCAAAGAACGAUCUAAACAGGGCUGUGGGGCAGAGUGCACCCUUCUCCGUAUAGGUAGUCCUUGACUUACAACCAGGGGUGGGAUUCAGUUUUUUUAACAACCGGUACUGUGGGCGUGGC